UACCAACCAAUCCACACAACUCCCAGCUUCCAUUUGUGUCCAUGGAAACUAAAAUUUUAUCGGCCAAUUUUCCCGAGAAAAUUCUCCACAGAAAAAGUUGAGAAGAAAGAAGCUAAUCGUCGUGGGCCGAAGUAAAACCAUGACGACGUUGAUCCGAAGAGUGUGGGAGUUGGUGUCAAACCGCACGGUUUCGAGUUCAGAGUCAACGUCGUCGUCUUCUUCUUCUAGCUGUCCGUCGGAAACGGCGGGUUUCGGGGCGUUCGAUCGAGUGCCGACAGACCUACUGAUGCAAAUCGCGAGACUGGUGGGGCCCAAGGAAGCCGUGAAAUUGAGCGUCGUGUGCAGAGCGUGGCGGUGCGUCGUUUCCGAGAACGAGCUGUGGAUUUUCUUUCUAAAGAAUCAGAAGCAGGAGGAGGAGAAUUAUUGGGAAUCCUUUGCUUUCUCGGAAACCCAUUUGAGAUUCGGAUACCCACUUCAAACAUUCUCAGGUGAGAGUCCCCAGUUGUCCUACAUGGGUAUUUAUGGUCAACGAGUUCAAGUUCCUGGUUCUGUUAUCAUUGACGGGGGCUCUGGCUAUUGCAAGUUUGGUUGGAGCAAAUAUGCAUGUCCAUCAGGCCGGUCAGCAACCUUUUUGGAAUUUGGUAAUGUUGAGUCGCCGCUGUACUCUAGACUCCGCCAUUUUUUUGUGACUAUUUAUAGCAGGAUGCAGGUGAAACCAUCUUCGCAGCCCGUGGUUUUGUCUAUACCAAUCUGCCAUUAUGAUGAUACUGAAUCUGCUAAAGCAUCGAGACGGCAGCUCAAAGAAGCUAUAUACAAAGUACUUUUUGACAUGAAUGUCCCUGCUGUCUGUGCCAUUAAUCAGGCAACUUUAGCUUUGUAUGCAGCAAGAAGAACUUCAGGGAUUGUUGUAAACAUUGGUUUCCAGGUCACUUCUAUUGUUCCAAUUUUAAAUGGUAAAGUUAUUCGCAAGGUGGGUGUGGAGGUUAUGGGAUUGGGAGCACUGAAGCUUACAGGGUUCCUUAGGGAGCUAUUGCAGCAGAACAAUAUCAAUUUUGACUCACUGUACACUGUUCGAACUGUGAAAGAGAAACUAUGUUAUGUUGCUGAGGAUUAUGAAGCUGAGCUAUCAAAAAAUACACAAGCAUCAUUUGGAGCUGGUGGACAAGGCUGGUUUACUAUUUCAAAAGAGCGGUUUCAAACCGGAGAGAUCUUAUUCCAGCCAAAGCUUGCAGGAGUGCGUACUAUGGGUUUGCACCAGGCAGUUGCUCUUUGCAUGGAACAUUGCCUUUCGGCAGACCUAACAGGAGACGAUGCUUGGUUCAAGACAGUAGUUUUGUCAGGAGGCACCGCAUGUUUGCCAGGACUCGCAGGAAGGUUAGAGAAGGAAUUACACGGACUUCUCCCUCCAUCUGUGUCUAAUGGAAUCACGGUCGUUCCCCCUCCAUAUGGUGCAGAUUCAGCAUGGUUUGGGGCCAAGAUGAUCAGCAAUCUGAGCACCUUCCCCGGCCCCUGGUGCAUGACAAAGAAGCAGUUCCGGCAGAAGUCCAAAAUCAAGCUUAUGUGGUGAAAAAUAAUCUGGUUUAUAUUCGAGCACUGCCGUAGCCUGUAUGUGAUAUGGUGUUGGAUCAAACAGCACUGUCGCAGCCUGUAUGUGAUUCGAGCAGAGAGUUUCUUUUCAAGAACAAGCCGAAAUUGGAAUUAUUUAUUUGUAACUAUAAUCGUCCUUGAAUAAGAAGAAUCCUACGAUGUAUCUAUAAUCUUACGAUAAAUUUUAUAAAUAAAGCAAGUUCAUAUUUCACGUUGAAG